AUGUCAUCACCGUCGGGAACGCAAAUUAGUGUUUUAAGUAACCCAAAGAAUAAUUUGGACGCAAAAUUCCAAAAUAUCGAGAGAGAUAUUAAGAAAUCACUGCGUGUCUCUUGCCGAGACAAUCUCAAUGAAUAUUUGAAUAAUUCGACAUUGCAUGGUUUUUCACGAGUUGAACGAGCAUUUUUCAUAUGCAUGUUUUUCGUGGUCGUACUUCUUUCCAUUUAUUUUAUAUCGAAUGUUUGGAUCAAGGUGCCAUUUCCAGCAGGUUUAAAGUUUGAAGUAAAAUCACAACAGAUGUUUAUUGUUGUAUUGUUUUUAUGCGGACUCGCAGUUACAGUAUGCAGUAUGAAUCAAGUAAAAAAGAGUGUCGCGGAAAGUUAUUCAAACAAUAGCAGAGAAUAUUCGGUGAUUAAGAGCAUAUGCCGACUGGACGAAUACCAUGAUGAAAAUGGUCCGAAUGAAACAGGAUCAUGGGAUCUCUUUCGAGAAAUGAUUAAACAGGUUCGCAGAAAAUAUUUCAUGAAAAUAAGUGAUUUCAAAGAAUUCGGUGACAAUGACACGUUUUAUGACGAAGAUGAUCAUUGGACACAAUGGAAUAUGGAAGCGGGCUAUUCAAAAUUUGAAAGAGAUGAAAAGCGUUAUCCGCUUCCUGGUGUUGGGUCGGGAAAUGAAUUGGGACUCUCAUUAAUCCUGAAAACACAAUUAGACGAUUAUUUUUGUGCGUCAACGAAAAGUUAUGGAUUCAAAGUGCUUUUACACUCACCAAAUGAACUUCCAAAGGUAGCUCAGUAUGGAAUUGCCGUACCAACUAAUUACGAAUCGAGAAUUGCAAUAAUGCUCACAAUCUCUGAAGCAAGUCAUUCGAUUCGUAAAACGCCGAUUCCGAUUAGACAGUGCAUUUUUGAAGACGAAAGUGAACUGGAAUACUAUCGGACCUAUUCAGACAGGAAUUGUGAAAGUGAAUGCGAAACAAAAUUACUGCUCAAACAUUGCAAAUGUGUUAUGUACUAUCAACCACGUGCUAAUCCAAACAUUUCAAUUUGCGGAUCGGCCGAUAUGGGAUGCAUAAAAAAUGUUGAUCAAGCAAUCGAAGCAAGGGAAAAUACUUCAUUUGAUUGCAGUUACUGCAAAAAUGGAUGCUCCGCGAUUAUCUAUGGCUCAACAUAUUCAACUGCAAAAAUAUUCGACGGAGAACCGUACCUACGAAAGAAACAUCUUGAUCCAAAAAAUACUGCAAUUGUUCACAUUUAUUACCCUCGAUCUUCUUUUCGAAGCCAACGCCUGGAAGAGUACGUCGGAUUCACGGAUUUCUUAUCAAAUAUGGGCGGAUUGUUGGGCCUCUUCAUGGGAUUCAGUGUCAUUUCAGUUUUUGAAAUUUUCUAUUUCAUUUCCAUUUGACCGUACAUGCAAUAUUUACGAUUUUCGAUGCAACGCCGUGAUUUAAUGGCAAAAAUCAUUCGGCAAGUGGAGAAAUUGCGCCAGAA